AUGGUGACAUCAAACGCCGCAGUAAAGACAACCAUGGUAACGACGAAGAUGUCAGACAGUCUGCCUAUAGCACCCACUCACCACGAUAAACUGGUACACACCCUCAAAGUGUCAGCUCUGGGCGCCAUUAUGAGUUCUCCUGACAGUUACUACCUGGCUGACUGGCGUGGAGGCACUCUAGACUCCUCCCGUCACAAAGCCUCCCUCACAGUCACCCGUCACAAAGCCUCCCUCACAGUCACCCGUCACACUACUCUCCGUCACAAAGCCUCCCGUCAGAAUUUACUAUCCGUCACAAAGCCCUCCCCUUACAGUCACCCGUCACACUACCUGUCACAGUUUCCCUCACAGUCACCCGUCACACUACUUCCUCUGCUCACAAAGCCUCUACAGUCACCCAGUCACACUACUCCAUGUCACAAAGCCUCCCCAGUCACCUGUCACACCACUCUCCGUCAAAGCCUCCCUCACAGCCACCCAGUCACACUCACUCUCCGUCACAAAGCCUCCCUCACAGUCACCUGUCACAAAGCUCCUCACAGUCACCCGCCACACUACUCUCCGUCACAAAGCUCCUCACAGCUCACCACCGUCACACUAUCCGUCACAAAGCCUCACAGUCACCCGUCACACCACUUCUCCGUCGCAAAGCCUCCUGUCAAAGCCCCCAGUUACACCAUUUCCCCUGCCAGUCAUCCGUCACAGCCUCCUCAGUCACCACCCGCUCACACUACUCUCUGUCACAAAGCUUCCCCACAGUCAUCAGUCACCUGGGUCACACCACUCUCCGUCACAAAGCUUCUCCCCACAGUCACCUGUCACAUUGCCUCCUGUCACAAAGCCUCCCACAGUCACCUGUCACACUACUCUCCGUCACAAAGCCCUCACAGUCACCUGCCCACCUUACUCUUCCGUCACAAAGCCUCCUCAGCCACCCGUCACACUACUCUACGUCACAAAGCCUCCGUCACACCACUUCCGUCACAAAGCUCCCAGUCACCUGUCACACUACUCUCCGCUCACAAAGCCUCCUGUCACACUCUCCGUCACAAAGCCUCCUCACAGUCACCUGUCACACUACUUCUCCGUCACAAAGCCUCCCAUCACACUACUCUGUCACAAAGCCUCCCAUCACACUACUUCCGUCAAGCAAAGCCUCCUGUCACACUCUCUGUCACAAAGCCUCCUCAGUCACCUGUCACACUACUCUCCGUCAUGCCUCCUGUCACACUUCCAACUGCUUUAUAUAUGUUGACAAGAGACAGUGCCGCUGACAGGAGGAGGUGCGCCGCUGCCUAA